GUGGGCGGUGCGGGGCCGCUGCUGGGGCUGCUGAAAGACCUGGCUCUGCCCGACUACCGCCGUGAUCGCGACGCCGCCGUCACCUCCCUCACACUGCUGGCGGCCUUUGCGCGCUCGGCGGGGGAGCUGUUGCUGGGGCAGCCGCCGGGGGGGGCGGCGGCGGCGGUGCCGCAGCAGCUAGCGGAGCAGGCUGAGUCGGGUGGGCUACCCGGGGAUGUGGCGGCGGCACUCUGCCAGCUGCGGGGGGAGCAGGAGGCGCUGCAGCGGGAACUGGAGGCAAGGUUCGUGCUCCCCGACACCGAAGCCGCCCAGGUGACCCGGGUACUCGACCGCGCCCUCGACUCCGCCGCCUCCGCCCUGUCCGAGGACCACCGGCAGCUGGCGGCGCUGGAAGCGGAACAUGCGGCACUGGUCAACACGCGGGGGGACCUGCCGGCGGAGGCGGCCGCGGAGUACGAACGACGCAGGAAGGCUUACGAGUCUCUGCACCGCGCUGUGUCCUCCCUUGCGGAGGGACUGCGCAGGGAGCUGCCGGCGCUGGCGGAGGACGCAUUCACAC